GUUUUGCACUCCUCUAUCAGUCGGCAAGGGGGUAUCACUUCACAUAUCAGCCCCAGUAGGACCAGACUAAAAAGGGCACGGGAGAGAAGAAGAAAUUGCUAAUUACAACAACAACAAAAUAAUACAUAUAUUUGCAAACUCUUCAACUAUUCCCUUUAAACACCAUCCCCCUAAAAAGAACAAUCUGAUGGCUGUAUAAAGAUUGCAUUUUUUAAUAGGGUGUGUACCCUAGUUCUCUGUCCUGUCAUUCCAAAGUCUGAGCUGGGGAUCCCAGAAACCUAAAAGGAUUGGUCCCCACUGGUGGAGAUAAUGAAGAUGGAUACACAUACAAGAUGGAAAAAGAGACAUUGGAUACAGAACUGGUCCUUUUAUGUAGCAUUAACAUUAUCUAUAUGUUCCUGGUGCAAUGCAGCUGAAGCAGCAGAUCUUUUGAAGGUUUUAGAUUUUCAGAAUUCACCUGACGGCGUUACAAAAACGACGGGCUUCUGUGCCCACAGAAAAUCUUCUAAGGGACCAGAUGUGGCAUACAGGGUGUCAAAAGACGCUCAACUCAGUGCGCCAACAAAGCAAUUAUUUCAUGAUUCCCCAUUUCCAAAAGAUUUCUCUAUUUUGGCAACUGUGAAAGCCAAGAAAGGCAGCCAGUCAUUUCUGCUCUCCAUCUACAAUGAGAAAGGGAUCCAACAGGUCGGCCUCGAACUCGGCCGCUCUCCUGUGUUCAUUUAUGAAGAUCAUUUGGGUAAACCCGGGCCUGAGGACUACCCUCUGUUUAGAGGCAUCAAUUUGUCGGACGGAAAAUGGCACAGAAUAGCGAUUAGUGUGGAGAAGAAAGAAGUCACUCUGAUUUUGGACUGUCAAAAGAAAAUUACCAGAGUGCUUGACAGAGAGGAAAAUGCCAUUGUAGACACAAACGGAAUCAUCGUGUUCGGCACGAGAAUCUUGGACGAAGAAGUCUUUGAGGGAGACAUCCAACAACUACUUAUUGUACCAGACCCUAAAGCUGCUGCGGAUUAUUGCGUACACUACAGCCCAGACUGUGACACUGCUGUUCCCGAUGCUCCUCAGUCUCAGGACCCCAACCCAGAUGAAUAUGACCUUGAUCCAGCAGAAGGCGAAGGGGAAGGCUAUUAUUAUGAAUAUCCAUACUAUGAAGAUGUGGAAGGCGAGAAAACAGAAAUUACCACCACCAAACCAGCAGUGGAUAACGCAGAGGUAUUAAGGCCUGAACCAGAGAUUGAGGAGGAAGAAACCCCGGCUCCCACUGAAGCCCCAGUGAAUGUGAUAACUGAACAGGCGGUAGUUGAGACUGAAGUAGAAAACCAAUCAUUAAACCCUACACCAUAUGAUUAUAAUUAUGAAGUUGUUCAGGAAGAGUAUUACACACCACCACCUUAUGAAGACAUAGACUCAGAGUCGGAGGUUGACACAAAUGUAGAAGAGACUGGAGAGAUUCCUACGAGCACCAUUGUCGCAGUUAGCUCAUUCAAUGGUACAUCAGUUAACAGAGAAGGUGAUACAGAUGGGGCUUUCAUUGAAGAGACUAUAAAUGGAGAUGACUACGAGUACGUCUAUAGCGAUAAGAUCCCAGACUCUGACAAUGGCUUGGGUGGUAUGCCAGCCAACCAGGACACUGAAUAUGAGAUUUCUGGUGCUCGAGGGGAAAAAGGACAAAAGGGAGAGCCAGCUAUUAUCGAACCUGGAAUGCUGAUUGAGGGUCCCCCGGGUCCAGAAGGCCCAGCUGGAUAUCCAGGUCCCCCUGGUACUUCAGGACCACCCGGUCCAUCUGGAGACCCCGGUGAAAGGGGACCCCCAGGACGGUCAGGUCUCCCCGGAGCCGAUGGAUUGCCUGGACCCGCAGGAACCAUGUUAAUGCUCCCUUUCCGAUUUUCUGGUGGAGGAGAUGGCUCAUCCAAAGGUCCACAAGUAUCUGCUCAGGAGUCACAGGCCCAGGCUAUCCUCCAACAAGCACGACUCGCACUGAGAGGUCCAUCUGGUCCUAUGGGUCUUACUGGAAGACCAGGUCCAAUGGGUUCACCAGGUCCUUCUGGGUUAAAGGGAGAGGCUGGGGAUUUAGGACCACAGGGCCCUCGUGGUGUUCAAGGUUCUCCUGGUCCACUAGGAAAGCCUGGUAGAAGGGGACGGGCAGGUAGUGAUGGAGCGCGUGGAAUGCCAGGACAAACUGGACCAAAGGGUGAUCGAGGUUUUGAUGGCUUAGCUGGAUUACCUGGUGAAAAAGGGCAUAGGGGUGAAUCUGGACCACACGGACCUCCAGGACCACCAGGAGAAGAUGGUGAAAGGGGAGAUGAUGGUGAAGUUGGACCAAGAGGGUUACCCGGUGAGCCUGGACCACGUGGGUUGCUUGGACCAAAAGGACCUCCCGGACCCUCGGGACCUCCUGGUGUUUCUGGAAUGGACGGACAGGUUGGACCCAAGGGUAAUGUGGGACCCCAAGGAGAACCCGGCCCACCUGGACAGCAAGGGAACCCCGGUGCGCAGGGUCUUCCAGGACCACAGGGUGCGAUUGGGCCUCCCGGAGAAAAGGGUCCACUUGGUAAACCUGGUCUUCCUGGCAUGCCUGGAGCUGACGGCCCCCCUGGUCACCCUGGCAAAGAAGGUCCCUCGGGAGAGAAAGGAAACCAGGGUCCUUCAGGGCCACAAGGACCAAUUGGAUAUCCAGGUCCACGUGGAGUUAAGGGAGCAGAUGGAAUUCGGGGCUUGAAAGGGGGUAAAGGAGAGAAGGGUGAAGAUGGCUUUCCUGGAUUUAAGGGUGAUAUGGGAAUCAAAGGCGACAGAGGUGAAAUUGGCCCACCAGGUCCAAGAGGUGAAGAUGGACCGGAAGGUCCAAAAGGUCGAGGUGGCCCUAAUGGAGAUUCUGGUCCUCUUGGUCCCGCAGGAGAAAAGGGAAAACUUGGAGUUCCAGGUCUACCUGGGUAUCCAGGAAGGCAAGGUCCAAAGGGUUCGAUCGGAUUUCCGGGAUUCGCAGGAGCAAAUGGAGAGAAAGGUGGAAGGGGAACCCCUGGCAAACCAGGUCCAAGGGGGCAACGAGGUCCAACGGGUCCACGUGGUGAAAGAGGUCCGCGGGGAACUACAGGAAAGCCAGGCCCCAAGGGUAACUCCGGAGGGGAUGGCCCAUCUGGUCCUCCAGGUGAAAGGGGACCACCCGGACCUCAAGGACCCACUGGAUUUCCAGGACCAAAGGGCCCCCCUGGUCCACCAGGGAAAGAUGGACUGCCCGGUCACCCAGGACAGAGAGGUGAAACUGGUUUCCAAGGAAAAACAGGUCCCCCCGGUCCUCCCGGCGUUGUCGGUCCUCAGGGUCCUACUGGAGAAACUGGUCCAAUGGGUGAGAGAGGACAUCCUGGACCCCCUGGUCCUCCUGGUGAACAGGGCUUACCUGGUCUUGCUGGAAAGGAAGGGUCUAAGGGAGAUCCUGGCCCAGCUGGUCUACCUGGUAAAGAUGGACCUCCUGGUUUGAGAGGAUUCCCUGGAGAACGAGGUCUUCCUGGUCCAAUUGGUGCUCCCGGUCUGAAAGGCAAUGAAGGACCUCCUGGCCCCCCUGGACCUGCAGGUUCUCCUGGUGAAAGAGGUGCAGCAGGUCCAGCCGGACCAAUUGGUUUGCCAGGAAGACCCGGCCCACAAGGACCUCCUGGACCAGCUGGUGAGAAAGGUGCCCCUGGUGAAAAAGGUCCUCAAGGUCCUGCUGGACGUGAUGGUAUCCAAGGUCCUGUAGGUCUUCCUGGUCCAGCUGGCCCAGUUGGUCCACCUGGAGAGGAUGGAGAUAAGGGUGAAAUUGGGGAACCUGGACAGAAAGGAAACCGAGGAGAGAAAGGAGAACAGGGUCCUCCAGGUCCAUCUGGUCCUCAAGGUCCCAUUGGUCAGCCAGGUCCAUCUGGCGCUGAUGGAGAGCCUGGUCCGAGAGGUCAACAAGGUCUUUUUGGACAGAAAGGUGACGAAGGUCCUAGAGGUUUCCCAGGCCCACCAGGACCUGUGGGAUUGCAGGGUUUACCUGGACCACCUGGUGAGAAAGGAGAAACUGGAGAUGUUGGUCAAAUGGGUCCUCCUGGUCCUCCUGGCCCUAGAGGUCCUUCUGGGUCCCCAGGGGCUGAUGGUCCACAAGGUCCUCCUGGAGGAAUUGGAAAUCCUGGUGCUGUUGGAGAAAAGGGCGACCCUGGAGAGUCUGGAGAGCCUGGUCUUCCUGGAGAACUUGGCCCACCAGGUCCUAAAGGUGAGAGAGGAGAAAAGGGAGAAGGAGGACUUCAAGGUUCUGCUGGACCUCCAGGUCCUAAAGGUCCUCCAGGAGAUGAUGGUCCCAAAGGAAGUCCUGGUCCAGUUGGAUUCCCUGGUGAUCCUGGUCCUCCUGGAGAACCUGGUCCUGCUGGUCAAGAUGGACCACCUGGUGACAAGGGAGAUGAUGGGGAAUCUGGUCAGCCUGGAUCACCUGGCCCUACUGGAGAACCUGGCCCAUCAGGUCCACCAGGAAAACGAGGUCCCCCUGGUCCAGCAGGUCCAGAAGGACGACAAGGCGAAAAGGGUGCAAAGGGCGAAACUGGUUUGGAAGGUCCAUCUGGAAAAACAGGUCCCAUUGGUCCACAAGGAGCUCCAGGAAAACCAGGACCUGAAGGUUUGAGAGGAAUUCCUGGACCUGUGGGUGAACAAGGUCUUCCAGGCUCUCCUGGUCCUGAUGGACCUCCAGGACCAAUGGGCCCACCAGGACUUCCAGGUCUGAAGGGAGAUUCAGGUCUCAAGGGUGAAAAGGGUCAUCCAGGUUUGAUUGGUCUUAUUGGACCUCCAGGUGAACAGGGUGAAAAGGGAGAUCGAGGUCUUCAAGGUCCCCAGGGUCCACAAGGUUCUAAAGGAGAACAGGGUAUCCUUGGUCCAUCUGGACCUUUUGGUCCCCCUGGUCCUCCUGGCUUACCGGGGGGUCCUGGACCAAAAGGUGCUAAAGGUUCAUCCGGUCCAACAGGUCCAAAGGGUGAACUUGGAAUUCCUGGUCCCCCUGGUCCUCCUGGUCCCCCAGGUGAAGUCAUACAGCCACUGCCUAUUCAAUCAUCAAAGAGGACAAGACGUAACAUUGAUGCCAGCCAAGUGGUUGACGAUGGCAAUACUGACAACUACAUGGAUUACGCAGAUGGCAUGGAGGAAAUAUUCGGUUCUCUCAACUCCCUAAAACUGGAAAUCGAACAAAUGAAGCACCCACUGGGCACUCAGGGCAACCCAGCAAGAACCUGCAAGGAUUUGCAACUGUGCCAUCCAGACUUCCCAGACGGUGAAUACUGGAUCGAUCCUAACCAGGGAUGCUCAAGAGAUUCGUUCAAAGUUUACUGUAACUUCACGGCUGGAGGAGAAUCUUGCAUAUUCCCCGACAAGAAGUCUGAAGGAAAUAAACUGGCUCGAUGGCCCAAAGAAUUGCCUGGUACAUGGUAUAGUCAUUACAAGAGGGGUUUGAUGCUGUCCUAUGUGGAUGCAGAGGGGAAUUCUAUUGGUAUAGUGCAGAUGACAUUCCUACGGCUCUUAAGUGCUUCAGCCAAACAAAACAUCACGUACAAUUGCUACCAGUCUGUAGCCUGGCAUGAUGCUACCACUAACAGCUAUGACAAGGCCAUUCGCUUCUUAGGUUCCAAUGAUGAAGAGAUGUCCUACGACAACAACCCCUUCAUACGAGCUCUAAUGGAUGGAUGUGCAUCCAAGAAGGGCUAUCAAAAGACUGUACUAGAACUUAAUACACCAAAAGUGGAACAGGCUCCAAUUGUGGAUCUCAUGUUUAAUGACUUUGGAGAUGCAACACAAAAAUUCGGCUUUGAGGUGGGACCAGUGUGUUUCUUGGGCUAAAAAACAAGUUACCAAAAUAAGAAAAAUAAAUAAGUAAACAAGAGAAAAGAGGCCAACUGCAAAUCAGAACGCCAAGUCUCCAAAAGAGCAACCUUGAAACCUCAUCACCGUUUUUCUAUCACAUGCACGUUCUGAACCUGGGGCAGUGAAGGGUCGACGCCUGUUUUUCCCUUGGGCACUGGGCCUGCACCACUAAUACAUUAGGGAAUGAAAGAAAAAAACAAGCUAUUCCAAUCCAUCUCGGAAUCACAUGACCUAAAACCAUAUCAGCUGACAAUCAGAAACCCAAUCACAUCAUUCCUUUGCACCUCAUCCCAGAGAAUAGGAACCAAGAUACACAAAGGUAUCACCCAUGGUCUCUAAGACUCACUAUCAUUGGAAGAAUAUCACUAUUUUUAAUGAGAGAAGCUUGAACGUAAAUACCCAUCUGUCGCUAAUUUGGAACUUUAUGGGAUUGUCUAUUUUAAAUGGCUUCCAAAAUUUUAUACACCAGUGUUUGUUUGUUUUUUUUUAAGAAGAAGCACAGAAAACAAAGAUGUGCAUUUGUGCCUGUUUUGUCCCUUUGUAUUAAAGGUGCUUAUAUUUUUGUAUGUUUGUAAGUAAAUAUUUGUAUUGUAUAUUAUUAUUUUUUUCUUCUAAGGAAAAUUUGCCUUUCCUGGCUUUAAAACAUGCAUGUGACCUGGUCUUACGUUACAGAAGUAUAAAGUAAAUGAUGCAAGUUUACAUUAAAUGUGAACAUUUUUUUUAAUAAUGUAUUCAUGUUACGGUACAGUCCCACUAAACAUUUCUAAAAUGUUACAUCCUGUGUUAAAUAAUAGAUUUGUGUAGACCUAUCGAUCUGCUUAUACAUUCAUGUGUUGUUACGUUCUUUUUUUUAUUUUGAUAAAUGUGUCAAAAUGCUGCCAUCGUUUUAACUAUUUUACGGAACAUCUCAGAAAAACCUGCUGUGUAAUUAUGGCACUUUUUUAUAGAAACAUAGUUUAGCAUUUAAUGUUGCUGAAUUUCCAGUGGCAGCGAGGUCAUACAUUUGUAUAGAAAUGAUUUAUCGUAAAUAAGGGAUACAUUUUUUUAUUUUUAUUUUUUUAAGAUUGAUUUAAACUUGCAUUGGUGGUUUCCAGAGUGAACAUCAUAGUUGGUGGUAUAAACUGCAUGUCAGUAUUUCUAGCUAAGGAAGAUGUUCAGCUUAAACUACUUGUAAGAACUGUAGUGAGAGGAUUAACCAACAACAAUUGAACUUGGCUAAAUAGUCGUUUGGACUGUACUGUGUUUUAAUAGCCAUUUUUUUCCUCUUUUUUUUAACCUCUUUUUUUCCUUUUCACGCAGUGGGAGAAUGUCUAUGGCAGGUUUAUCAUACAUGUAAGAAAAUAGGUGCUAUAUAUUCUGUUUUGUUCAUUUCUCCCUGUGGUGCUAUACUGAACUUUAAAUCACUGAUGGUACAACACCGUAGGCAAGUCUCCCUCUUUUCGCUAUUACUGCCAUAACGUGCACCAGCCUAGUUAGGACAGAGUUAAAAUGCAUGCAACUCCUGUAUUCAUAAACUAUGUAGAUAUAUGAGAGAAAUAAUAAUAAAAAAAAGGAUAAGAAAAAUUUGAGAACUGCAUUGUGGUAGUUUCCAAUAUUGAUACAAUGUUGGCCAUUAUUUUUUUUAAACACUCCCUGUCGAUGUUUGUAAUUAUACCAGAUUGUAAUCAUUUGCUAAUUUUAUGUGGUGCUUAACUUAUAUAUUUGUUUAAAUCUAUUGAAGAAGAUUUUGUCUUUUGUUUCAUGUGCUGCCUGCGAGAUUUACUUCCUUGUUUAUGGUUGACAUCACAAUAGGGAAUGUGACUUCCAAACUGAUUCUUAAGGUGCUUUUGUCAGGAGAUUUUUUUUUUAUUUUAUUUUUUUAAAUAUAAUAAACAACUGUACCAGGCAGUAAUUGCAGUGAAGGUCACUGAAAUAAUAAAAAAAGGGACACAAUAUACUUGAAUUUGCCUCUUUUAUGAAAAAAAAAAAAAAAUUAAGUAGAAAUCUGCACACUAGGGAAACUUAAUUGCCAAAGAAUAGUAAUUAGUGUCCAGUUAUUUACUACAUUUUUAUUCUAUUCCAUUAUUAAAGCUGACUAAUUAAAGACAGAGAUUAUUAAAUUA